CAGAGGCAGAGGCGGCGGCGGCUGGACCCACGCGUGCGCCACCGGGGCGGGUGGAGGAAGCAGCAGGAGAGCACCCCGCAACUGGAGGGGACAGUCGCGCGCCCCGCCCCGGCGUCCGGAGCGAGAGAACUCCCAGACUCCAACCCGGGCAGGGCGAGGAGCAGCGGACAGCACGCCAGGGAUCCAGAAGCCGUGAGCUCCAGACCCCGUCCCCGCGGCCGUGAGGGCCCCCGUCUGCCAGGACCCUCGUGGUGCCCAAGAAGGGGCGCCAGGGCGGGGCUGACCUGCCCGUGAAGUUACGGACAGUGUGGGAGAAGCCAGCAACCCCCACCGCCGCCUCCAGCCCAUGGAAACUGCUCAAAGAACUCAUGCAACUGGAACCUACAGCUUCCUCGAUCGGACUCAGCACACAGAUAUCAAAGCAGACUGCAGUACCUGCGUGGAAAUAGAGGACAGAAAGGUUUCAAGACAACAGAUGAAUUGUGAACGAGAGCAACUAAGGGGUAAUCAGGACGCAGCCGCUGCCCCUGACACAAUGGCUCAGCCUUACGCUUCGGCCCAGUUUGCUCCCCCUCAGAACGGCAUCCCCGCGGAAUACACGGCCCCUCAUCCCCACCCCGCACCAGAGUACACGGGCCAGACCACCGUCCCCGAGCACACGUUAAACCUGUACCCUUCCGCCCAGUCGCACUCGGAGCAGAGCGCCGCGGACACCAGCGCGCAGACCGUCUCCGGCACCGCCACACAGACAGACGACGCAGCACCGACGGAUGGCCAGCCCCAGACACAGCCUUCUGAAAACACGGAAAACAAGUCCCAGCCCAAGCGGCUGCAUGUCUCCAAUAUCCCCUUCAGGUUCCGGGAUCCAGACCUCCGACAAAUGUUUGGUCAAUUUGGUAAAAUCUUAGAUGUUGAAAUUAUUUUUAAUGAGCGAGGCUCAAAGGGAUUUGGUUUCGUAACUUUCGAAAAUAGUGCCGAUGCGGACAGGGCGAGGGAGAAAUUACACGGCACCGUGGUAGAGGGCCGUAAAAUCGAGGUAAAUAAUGCCACAGCACGUGUAAUGACAAAUAAAAAGACUGUCAACCCUUACACAAAUGGCUGGAAAUUGAAUCCGGUUGUGGGAGCAGUCUACAGUCCCGAAUUCUAUGCAGGCACGGUGCUGUUGUGCCAGGCAAACCAGGAGGGAUCCUCCAUGUACAGUGCCCCCAGUUCACUUGUAUAUACUUCCGCAAUGCCCGGCUUCCCGUAUCCAGCCGCCACUGCUGCGGCCGCCUACCGAGGGGCGCACCUCCGAGGCCGCGGCCGCACCGUGUACAACACCUUCAGGGCCGCAGCGCCCCCGCCCCCGAUCCCGGCCUACGGCGGUGUUGUUUACCAGGAUGGAUUUUAUGGUGCAGACAUUUAUGGUGGUUAUGCUGCGUACCGCUACGCCCAGCCUACCCCUGCCACUGCCGCCGCCUACAGUGACAGUUACGGACGAGUUUAUGCUGCCGACCCCUACCACCACACACUUGCUCCAGCCCCCACCUACGGCGUUGGUGCCAUGAAUGCUUUUGCACCCUUGACUGAUGCCAAGACUAGGAGCCAUGCUGAUGAUGUGGGUCUCGUUCUUUCUUCAUUGCAGGCUAGUAUAUACCGAGGGGGAUACAACCGUUUUGCUCCAUACUAAAUGACAAAACCAUAAAACCUUCCAAUGUGGGGAAAAAGGAAGCUUUCCGAGGCCUGAGUGUUGCAAUACAUGCAGUAGUGCAUCAUUUUAGCAACUCUAAAAAAAAAAAUAAAAUAAAAUAAAAAGAGGAAAAAAAUUACAUUUUUUAUCUUAUACCUCAGAUAUUUUGUUCUGUGUAUUUUAAUAUUGUGGGUCUUUAAUUUCUGAAGGUUCCGUAGUUUGGUUGCUGGCUGUAGGAGUUUUUGUGGUUGAUCUAGAGAGAUGCUAGAUAUGAAUAAAAACUGGUUUAGGGCCAUAUUCAGAGUGCUAUAUUAUGUAAAUGAAUUAUAUAUGCUGAAUAUUAAGCUACUGGGGUUAUCAGCUGUUUGGGAAGAGUGUAAGUGACUACAGUAGUCAUUUUUUUCUGCAUCUGCAUUAUUUUAUUUUGUGAAAGGGGAGGUCGGGAGGGGCUUAGGGGAUUGGGACCGGGGUUUGGCUGAAAGGAAAAAGUAUAGUAACUGAUGAAUCUAAACGACCCACUGCACCAACGAUCAUAUAUCAAUGGUUCUAAGUUACUCAUUGCCAGUUUAAGCCAAAGGUUAUGUUGUUAAGGGGGUGCUUUCAGUACCACUUGUGCACCUGAACUGAAGGAAGCUGUGCGAACCCACCCUUUAAGCCAUUCCACCCGGCAGUAUUCAGCUUCUUAACCAGCCGCUAGUUAUUUAGGCAAAAACUGCUAGUUAGGCCAUCAACACGCAUUCUUUUUAUAUUUCUUCCAGUAUAAUAAAUUAUUGAUAUCAUUGCUGACUUUUAUAUUAUGGGAGGGAAAUAAUAACAUUAAUAAAAA